AUGGACGACGGUAUGCCGUGGCCAGGGAGUAGAGCAAGGGACCACCCUGCCAUGGUGCAGGUGUUUCUGGGUCCGAGCAGUGGGGAUGGUGGGGGUGCUGGUGCUGCUGUUGGUGCUGCUUUGGGUGAAUCUAGGAAGGGGACGGAAGGGUGCGGUGAGAAGGGACCUGGGGCAGCAGGGAACGGAACUAAAAACAAAACAGAGAAGGCAGCAGAAGAGGGAUCACAGAAGGGCGAUUCUAAACCCAAGGGGGUUACUACAGAAGCCAAGGAACCUGCAAGUGGGACAGGAAUUGCGGAGGAGGAGGGUGUAGAUCUGCCUCGACUGGUGUAUGUAGAACGGGAGAAGCGGCCUGGUUACAACGAGCACGGCACAGCAGGGGCGCUGAACGCCCUUCUGCGCGUCUCCGCUCUGCUCUCCAACGCGCCCUUCCUCCUCACCCUGGACGCCAAUCACUAUGUCAACAACGCAGCGGCUCUUAGAGAGGCCAUGUGCUUUCUGAUGGAUGGGAGCGGGAGCAGGGGCGCGGACGUGGGUGGGGGCGGCGGAAAUGGGGGUGGGAUGGGGGAAGGAGUGGGGAACAACUGCUGCUUCGUGCAGUUCCCGUUGCGGUUUGACGGAGUGGAUGAGAGCGACCGAUACGACAACCACAACACCGUCUUCUACGAUCUGCAAACGCCUGCUCUGGACGGCAUUCAAGGCCCCAUGCUCGUGGGAUCAGGCUGCUGUUUCCGCAGGCAGGCACUCUACGGGGUGCUUUACCUGCUGGCUCUUCUCGCGGUGGUGAUGGGGACUAGUGUGCUGGAGGCGCAGUGGGGUGGGGUUACACUAACGGACCUGUGGCGGGCGGAGCAGUUGUGGGUGGUCAGUGGUGUGUCUGCGCACCUGUUUGCCGUUGUGCAAGGGGUUCUGAAGGUGGUUGCUGGGAUCGACACCAGCAUCGCGGUGAAAGAGAAUCCGAGCAGUGCUGCUGCUGGUGCUGGUUCUGCUGGUUCUGCUGGUGCUGGUGAUGAUAAGGAUGGGGAGCAUUCUGAUUUGUACACCUUCAAAUGGACUGCUCUCCUCCUCCCGCCUGCCUUGGUGGUGGGAUUCAAUACAGCAGGAAUCAUUGUGGGAAUUGCCCAGGGUCUAAAUGGAGGAAUAACUGCGUGGAAAAUGAUGCUCAUAAGGGUGGCCUUCGCCCUGUGGGUGAUCAUGCAUCUACACCCUUUUAUUAAGGGUUUCUUCGGUAAAGAAAGGCGGCUUCCUCCUCUCGUCCUGAUAUGGGGCGUUCUGCUGUCAUCGGUGCUGACGCUGCUGUGGGUGAACAUUGAUCCUUUUGGAUAUCACUUCAAAGGGCCUGAUCCUGUUCUAUGUGGUAUUCGUUGCUAA